UCCGCAUUUCAGUCCUAUGGGAGGAGGAGGAUUGUAUGCGUAGCAAAAUAAACCAGCUGUUAUUGAUACUUCACCAUAAAGUAGUAAAAACAAGUAAAACUGUAUCGGCACUUGUAUAUUUUCAGGUUUAAGCGUGACUAUCAGCACAAUGAACGUGAGGAAAGUGGAAAAGACUAUUUUGAGUGUGGAACAAGUGGAGGGAGUUGGCGCUCGUGUCCGCAGGAGCAUUGGUAGACAGGAGCUGAGGAACCUGGAUCCUUUCCUGUUGUUGGACGAGUUUAGAGUGAGCAAGCCAGCAGGGUUUCCAGACCAUCCUCACAGAGGAUUUGAGACAGUAACAUACGUUUUAGAAGGGGUCACAGCCCAUGAAGACUUCUGUGGCCAUAAAGGACGACUGAAACCAGGAGAUCUGCAAUGGAUGACUGCAGGACGGGGGGUGGUCCAUGCUGAGAUGCCUGUAUCAGAGGAGCCGGUGGUGGGCCUACAGCUGUGGGUGAACCUGUCGAGGCGAGACAAGAUGGUGGAGCCAGCAUAUCAGGAGCUUAAAGGCUCAGAGGUCCCCAAGCCCAGUCAGGGUGGAGUUACGGUCGCUGUGAUUUCUGGGGAAGCAUUAGGAGCAAAGUCUAAGGUUUAUACAAGGACACCGACCAUGUACCUGGACUUCACACUGCAGGCAGGAGCCCAGCAUGUGCAGCCAGUGCUCUCAGGAUGGACUGCAUUUAUCUACACACUAUCAGGAUCCAUUCAUGUUGGCCCAGAUCUGGAGCAGCAGAAGGUAGAGCCCCAUCACACUGUGGUGUUUGGGGAUGGAGACUGUGUAAAGGUUGAAAACAAGGGCUCCGAAGUAUCUCGUUUUGUGCUGAUCGCUGGCGAGCCAAUCAAAGAGCCAGUGGUGCAACAAGGUCCAUUUGUAAUGACCACUGCAGAAGAGAUCAGACAGGCUGCCAGUGACUACCAGAAUGGUAGAAAUGGCUUUGAAAGGGCCGUAAACUGGAGAUCCACGAUCAGAGAUUCUUUCUGAACACUACGCAUUGUACUCUGGUCUGUAGUGUCAGUGUUGGCCUAACUUAUUUGCCACUAUAGAAACAAAUUUAUAGGGAUAUUUGUAUUGUGGUGUUUUAUAAACGUAGCAAACGUUUGAUAUAGGAAAAUGUGUGUAUUUAAUUCUCCGAAUGUAUACUGUAUGUGCUUACAGGGUUUUUAGUAAUUUUCAUAAUCAGUUUUAAUUUCUCUAAGUCUACCCCAUAUAGAUUUUAGGGAAAAUGUGUUCUGGUCUCUAUACCUCUUGUUUUAUUCCAUUUUAUUUCUGCUAUUUCCCUGGGGCAGAGCAGUUCUGAUUCUGAAGCUACGGUUUGUGCAAGUUGCUUGCCUACAUUGUUGUUAUGAAGAUUAUUUGCAGUACUAUAGCAAUUUAAGUAAUGCUUUCAUUAAUGUUAUGAAGUUUGAUGGCAUACAUUUUCAUUUUCUAUAUUAAUAGUAUUUUAAACACUCUUCAUACAGAGACUAAAACCAACAAUAAAGUGCCUGUAUUCAUGAUUAUUUUCUGUCGGUCUCCAACCUGGAUUAUCUUAUUCGCCUGUGCCAUUAGACCAUUAGACAAAAUUGAUUAAAAACACGUCAGAGAAACACACUGCUGCACUGGGUGACGUGUUACAAAACACAAGACCCUGAUAUUUGUUCAAAAUAUUGCCUCAAAUGCUCCAAACAACCAUAACUUUUUACAGCAUCUGACAUAAGAGUCAACUCACAAGAUUUCCUUGAAAGCAUGAGGAACUAGUGGUGUAUAAAAAAAAAAGUAGAGAGCUGACACAGAGAUGUCACAAAUGCGCAAUUGCUUCAUGCCUGCUUCAGACACUGUAAAAAGUUAUGGUUGUGGCAA